AGUAAACAGAAGGUCUAGACCUCUCCCAAUGGACCACAAGUUUAUUCAAGGCUCUUCAAGAUUCUUGUAUGUUGGUGGACCUCCUCUGCUGUCCGCUCUGCAAUCAUCUGCUGCAGGUUCCAAUAACUCUACCCUGUGGCCACUCAGUAUGUUCCAUUCACCAAGGAUGCUCCCUCCAUGACGUUCCCGUCUCGGCUGCCCACGUUCAACUGGACGUCACUCUUUCAAAGAUCCUUCAUCUCCACGACAAACAUUUCAACCGCGACGAUGAAUACGGAGACGAAAGCGAUGAUGAUGAUAGCAAUGACCUUCUUUCUCAUCUCCGAGCUCACGCUGAACGGGAGCGUCAUAUGGCUCCGGAUGAACCAAUUAUACCCCCCGAAGACGCCUUUCAGAAGGAGUUGAUAACCGAGCUCACCUGUGAAAUUUGUUUUUCAAUUUUCUACGAGCCUACAACUACCCCUUGUGGUCAUACAUUUUGUUCGAGAUGUUUACAUCGUUCUCUCGACCACAGUUCCUCGUGUCCUCUUUGCCGGCAGCAACUUCCAGGUUUCACCUUUUUCCAAAGCCAUCCUCCGAAUAAUGCAAUACUGCGUAUACUCCUUAAUCAAUGCCCUACUGCCUAUCGAGAACGAGGAGAAGCCAUCGAGGCCGAGGAGCGCAAUGCUCGCCUUGACACUCCCAUCUUUGUCUGUCAGCUAUCGUUUCCGGGAAUGCCGACACUUCUCCACUUUUUCCAGCCUCAGUACCGUCUAAUGCUACGGAGGUGUCUCGCCUUGCCUCGACCUUCGUUUGGGAUGAUCAUGUCCUCUUCGAACACACAAGGUCAAGUUGAGUACGGGACCAUGCUAGAGAUACGGAGUGUGCAACUGUUAUCGGACGGACGAAGUCUAAUCGAGACGUGGGGCGUAUGGCGCUUUAGAAUCCUAGAACGCGGCAUUCUGGACGGUUAUGAUGUGGGGAGAGUUGAGAGGAUAGACGACGUUGAAGAUGAUCUUUCAGAGGAAGAAGAAUAUCUGAAUGAAGUUCAAGCAUCUUCACCCCCACUAAGCUUAUCCCCAAGCACAUCAUCUCAAUCGACUCCGUCUCGUCCCAGCUCAAGUUCGUACUCGCAACCCACUUCGUCUGCCCCUCUGCUUCACCACUCUGAUCCGCCUCCCCUCCUUCCUCUCACGACGACUGCGCUCAUCGCCUACUGUAGUUCUUUCCUCGCCCAGUUACACACCAACACUACGCCAUGGGUUGUACAGCGCCUUUCUUAUACCCACGGGCCGCCGCCGCCGCCGCCUGAAGACCCCAGUUUUGAUGCCGGGAACUUUUCAUUCUAUGUUGGAACUGUUCUCCCAAUAGAUGAAUGGGAGAAAGCCAAGCUACUUCCUGUGAGAAGUGUCAGAAUGAGGCUCAAGAUGUGCGUUUGGUGGAUUGAGGGUUUAAAGAAGAACUGGUGGUUUGAGCGGGGUUGUGUAGUGCUCUAGAGGCGGUCUGUGGUUUCUUUCCCCUGCUGCUCGAAUAAAUCUCAUCUGCAUUGCUAUCUUAUUUUUGUAUUUGCUUUUCUCCGAUGUUGUUUUAUUAACUGUCCUGGCAUGCGCAAUGCCCCCUUACUGUACCCCCUGACGUCACUCACGAUUCGCAUCCCAUCUGGCAUCCCAUCGAACAUCUCUAUCCCCAUCAUUCAUCCUGUUACUAUGUACCCAUGUAUAGUUUCUCGGAAAACACCGUAUGUUUCAACCCCGCCG